CCCUGAACAGAUAAAUACGAUGUACAUGGAUUUGCCUCCAAAUGUCAAAACUAGAACCUGGAUUAUCGUUGCCUGCGGCCCCACUCUGAGCCCAGCAAGUUCGAGACUGGUGGAUCUGAGUACUUUAAUACCCCACUUAUAGCCGUCAACAGCGUCAUCGUUUCCAAUCCUACCUCGUAAAAUACAAUAGCAUCCGGCAGCCGAAUCGAAUUGAAUUGAAUCCAGUUGAAUUCAUUUUACCGGUAGAAGUGAGACAAAUCUUUCGGCUAUUGCAGUUCAUCAACAUCAUCCACUCGAAUCACCAAUCAUCUGGAUAUAAUCAUGUCGCGACGCGAAGAAGCCAAAGUGAAGUCUUGGGGAUUCUCCCAUGUAUUUACCUGGACGGAUGGACCAAAUGCACACUACACCCCACAUACCCACAACGGUCUCACCACUCAUCUCAUCCUCGAUGGCGAGCUGACCAUCACCUACCCCGAGGAUGAGAAUCCCAUCAAGGAGACGUUUGGCGUGGGCAGUCGGAUCGAUGUCGACGCUGGCCGCGUGCAUGAAGUCUGGGUCGGCAAGGCUGGCUGCACCUACGUUAUUGGAGAAAACCCUGCAGGCCCUGAUCUGACUGUCGCCAAGAAGGCAUCCACUCCAGCUUCUCGCAGUCUCGGUCCUGGGCAAGCUGCGCUUCGUCCCACCUUGAUUGACAAUUUGCCCUGCCGAAAGGCUUCCAAGGUCGCCUCCGAUAAGACCUCCGCGCGCUACAACAUGCCGACGUUUGGUCGCCACCAGGACGCCGGCGGCGCGCUGCGCAUGCUAGUCGACAUGACCACAAUGAUAGCCCCGACCCAAGGCGGAUUUCAUAAGCCAAAAGCUACCGACCACAUUGACAGCGCCCUCGACAGCAACAUGACCAUCUGCCCCGGAUUCGAGAACCACAUCUUUAGAAUAUUCAAAAGCCUGUGCCCGCCGGGCGCGAUGAAAAUAUCCCGGGAGAGGUUCCAGGCCUUUCUGGAGGAUGUCCAAGGGGAUGUUGUGACAAAGCCUCUGGAGAAAGAGACGUAUACUCUGUACGAAUUCUUCGAGACGUGGUCGUACGUGUAUCGUUUGAAGCCGCAAACCAAGAUCGACCCGGAGCAGAAGGAUCUGUCCAAGCCUAUCAGCCACUACUUUAUCAGCAGUAGUCACAACACAUAUCUACUUGGAAACCAACUGACCUCGGUCUGUUCGGUCGAAGCAUACCAAACGGCCCUUGAACAGGAUUGCCGCUGUAUCGAGAUCGACGUGUGGAACAGUCCCUUACACGCAGCAGGCCUGCGAACUCCAAGCAGGUCCAAGUCGCCGCGACCAGGCCAUAAGAGGCAUUUAUCAGCCUCAUCGAUAACGAGCGCAUUCGAAGAACGUUUUGAAUCUCUGAAGCAAGUUUUCACGGGCAAAUCGUGCUCUAGUACCCAAACGACAACCAAUAAGGCCCUCAAAGUCCCGCCUUGCGACCGCCGAAAUAGCAACAACUUAGAGGUGCCUUUAACGAGGAACAGUGACACGACGUCCACGACGGGCUCCAACACUGCUGUGGAUGAUGCAGAGGAUAAUGAUGUCUCCGAGACUCAUGGUCACACGCGGUCACGGUCGCUGGCAAACCCAUCCAUGGAACCCGUAGUUAUGCACGCGCAUACUUACGGGCAGAGGGAUUGGACUUUGAGCAACUCCAUUGGUUUCCGGGAUGUGUGCCGGACGAUACGUAAAACCGCAUUUGUCAAAAACCACCUGCCAAUCAUCAUCAGUCUUGAGGUACACGCGGACGUGCAACAGCAAGACUUAAUGGUGGAAAUAAUGCAACAGGAAUGGGGAGAUCAUCUUUUGCAAGAGCAAAUUUUUGGGUGUGAUCCUAGGUUACGACUUCCGCGGUUGGAGGAGCUCAAGGACAAGAUACUUAUCAAGGUAAAGAAGGCCUCGGUUGUCGCCAACUCAAACGGCACUGCCGACUCGCUCGGCAUACCACUCGCGGCACUCAUCAGUGGCUCUGCGCCGCCGGGCACGAGCUCGGACGAGGAGGCAAGCCCGAAGCCCAAGAUCUCGCCUCGACUCAGCAAACUGGCAGUAUACACACACAGCAAGCACUUCGGAGGCUUCAGCACCCGGGUGGCCAAAUCGCCAUCUCAUAUAUUUAGUUUGAGCGAGGGUAACAUCAAGCGCUGGGCCAAAGAGGAUCCUGAGGGCAUGAAGUCGCAUAACAAGUCGUUCCUGAUGCGGGCGUAUCCUGACCCAGUGUCGCGCGUUGACAGCGGCAACAUGGACCCGACGUUUUGCUGGCGGCGUGGUGUGCAGAUGGUCGCCAUGAACUGGCAGACGCUGGACGGUGAGAUGAUGAUCAACCAUGCCAUGUUUGCGGACCAAGCCGGGUGGGCGCUCAAGCCAGCGGCAAUGCGUGGGCUCCCCGACGACUCUUUUGGGCCCAAGACUGUUGAGCUGCUGAGGAUAACGGCGUUUGCGGGACAAAACAUACGACCGGUCAUUGACAAGACGGUGAGCUCUUUCGAGCCAUCGAUCAGCGUCAGUCUCUGCGUCGAGGGCCAGGACCCGAUCAAGCAUCACUUUCCGGGCCGGGAGACGAGCAACCCGGACUGGGGCCACGAGGGCAAGUCUGUCUGCUUCAAGGACGUGGCCAACGUCAUGGAGCGCUUCAGUUUCGUCAAGAUCAAGGUCGAGGACGAUGGGGAGCUGUCCUCGUGGGCGUGCUAUAGGCUCGAUCGACUGCGGCGGGGCUAUAGGUUUGUGGAACUGAUGGGACCCCGAGGCGAGCGGACGGAGGGCAAACUGCUUGUCAAGAUUGAAAAGGUGAUGCGGUGAAAGAGGGCAAAGAUCGCAAAUACAAUCCAAGGUCCAUAUUAUUUAGGAAUCGGGUUGGUGUAAUUCUUUUUUGGAUAUUUCCUAUGUUAUGCUUGGCGCUAGCUCGGGUCGAAACAGCCACAGACAGGCUUUGGGAUUUUGGUUGAUGGGUUGGUUCUUUGUUAGUAAACUUUGGUUUUACUGUUCGAUACCUCCAGUGUUAUGUUUUUUUCUUCGUUGGAUAAUAUAAUUUUUUUUUUCAUCCCA